AUGAGCGGGGGGAAGAAGAAGAGCGGCUUCCAGAUCACCAGCGUCACCUCCGACUACCAGCAGGCCGCCGCCGCCGGCGAGGCCAAGGAGCGGCCCGAGCAAGCCGGAGAUGGCGAGGCCCCGCCGCCCGCCCCCAACGGGCCCGCCUCGCUGCAGGCGCCCGGGGGCUCCCGCUUCCGCGUGGUCAAGCUGGCCCAGGGCUCCGGAGAGCCCUACAAGCGCGGCCGCUGGACCUGCCGGGACUUCUACGAGCAGCACGACGCGCAGCAGCAGCCCCUGGGCGGGCGCCUGGCCGAAUCCGCCCGCCUCCCGCAGUCCCUCGACUCCCGCCUGGAGGUGGCCGGCCUCCUGCUGCAGCCCAAGCCCGCCGCCAGCCUCUACAGCCCCCAGCCGCAGCGCCGCCGCACCGCCCCCCUCCCCGCCGCCGCCGCCCCCCAGGCCCGCUCCCUGGGCGCCGGCCUGCCCCUCCUCGCCAGCCCCCGGGCAGCCCCCCCCAGCCCCCCCGCCCUGCUGCUGGAGGAGCACCCGCUGUCGCCCCGCAGCGCCCACAGGGAGGCGGAGGAGCGCGGCAAGGCUUGUUCUCCUCUUCCUAGAAACCCAUCCCUGUUUGGGCUGGCCGGAGCACACAAGCGCCUUGUCUUCGCUUGGUGGAGGGAAAGGCCGUGGUCUGGCCCCCCUGGGGUGGGGGAGCACGGCACCCUUCAAGGCCCAGAUGGCAGUCAGCUGCUUUCUCAGCUCUGGCUGACAGCAAGGGCAAAGGGCCCCGUUGCGGAAAGGGUCAGGCUGAGUUCUUUCUUGCCCUGCCAGGUUCUGCCCAGAGAGUCCCGCUCACGGCCCUCGUCCCCGGCACCCCCCCUCCUUCGAGAUGCCAGCCCCAGCCGGAGGACCUCAGACCCUUUCAGUGCUGCCCGCUUCAGCUUGGCACGGUCCAUGUUUGGCAUGGGGGUUGCGCACGACAGUGACGAUGACAGCGGGACAAACAGCAGCAUGAUCGCCAUAGACAACAAGAUCGAACAAGCCAUGGACCUGGUGAAGAGCCACUUGAUGUUUGCCGUGCGGGAGGAAGUGGAGGUGCUGCGGGAACAGAUCAAGGAGCUCUCGGAACGCAACGCCUUGCUGGAGCAGGAGAACACCCUACUGCGCUCCCUGGCCAGUGCGGACCAGCUCUCUCGCUUCCAGGCGCAGCUUCACUCGGCCAAGGCCGCCCCCAGCAGCACCAGCACGUGACCCU